AUCGCGGUGACAGGGGAUCGAACCCCCCGCCGCCUUGUGCAACACAUCUUCUGUUCUGCGGUAAAGAUGGCGGCGUCAGAGGGGGCGCGUAGCGGCCGGACAACGGCUAAACGAUCCUGAAAAGCUCCAGAUUUGACCGAAUCUCGCUCGUCGGGUACCGUUAUAUUAUUCUCGGAUACCAUCUGGAUCACCGGGACAGAGACAAUCGCUGUCACACGCAGGGGUUGCGGUUUUAUUGUUAAAGGCAGGGUGGGUGGGUUUCACUGAUAGCUGCUAACGUUAGCUAACGGCUAGCCAGGCGAGCUAAUAGGAGCUAGUUCACGUUAGCUCGGUGAAGAAGAGCGGGGAGGGGAGUGAGGAAGACUAUUCGGGCCAGGCCGUUCCAGCUGGGGGGAAUGUGAGCCAGAGGUGCCAGGGGGUGUUCUCGCUUCGUCCCAGACGUCCUUACACCAAGCUACCGGGAUGGGGCAGCAGGUAGGCCGCGUCGGUGAGAGCACAUCGACCGGACUGCAGCCACCACAGCCCCACGCGUCCCAACCGCACCAAGGGAAGGGGAACCGGGGGAGCGGCGCCGGGAGGAGACCCCGAGAACCCGGCAGUAGCACCGGGACACCGCCAGGCAGGGCUGCUGCAGUCAACGUGCCCGACCCAGGGAUCAAUGUCUUCACACAGCAUUCAGAAGCUCUCCACCGGCCGUUCGGCCUGGACUCUGCAGCGCUGACGGAGGCGGUGCGCUGGAGCUCCAAGGAGAACCUGCUGGGGGCGGCCGAGAGCGACCCCAACCUCUUCGUUGCACUUUAUGACUUUGUCGCCAGUGGAGACAACACGCUUAGCAUCACUAAAGGUGAGAAGCUGCGUGUGCUGGGCUACAACCAGAAUGGAGAGUGGAGUGAAGUGCGCUCUAAGAACGGCCAGGGUUGGGUGCCCUCAAACUACAUCACGCCAGUCAACAGUCUGGAGAAGCACAGCUGGUACCACGGGCCCGUGUCACGCAGCGCUGCAGAGUACCUGCUCUCAUCCCUCAUUAACGGCAGUUUCCUUGUCCGGGAAAGCGAAAGCAGCCCUGGACAGCUGUCGAUUUCUCUCCGCUAUGAGGGGAGAGUCUACCACUACCGGAUCAACACAUCCUCUGAUGGAAAGGUGUAUGUGACGUCUGAGAGCCGUUUUGCCACCCUUGCCGAGCUGGUCCACCACCACUCCACUGUAGCAGAUGGCCUGGUCACCACCCUGCACUACCCAGCACCCAAAUGCAACAAGCCCACAGUGUACGGUGUGUCACCCAUCCACGACAAGUGGGAGAUGGAGCGCACAGACAUCACCAUGAAGCACAAGCUGGGAGGAGGCCAGUAUGGAGAGGUGUACGUGGGAGUGUGGAAAAAGUACAACCUCACCGUGGCAGUCAAGACACUCAAGGAGGACACUAUGGAAGUUGAAGAAUUUUUGAAAGAAGCAGCAGUUAUGAAGGAGGUUAAACACCCAAACCUCGUCCAGCUGCUAGGUGUGUGUACGUUGGAGCCACCGUUCUACAUCGUGACAGAGUACAUGCCACACGGCAACCUGCUUGACUACUUGAGAGAUUGUGACAAGGAGGAGGUGAAUGCUGUGGUGCUGCUGUACAUGGCCACACAGAUCUCCUCUGCCAUGGAAUACCUGGAGAAGAAGAACUUCAUACACAGGGAUCUUGCAGCGAGGAACUGCCUGGUCGGGGAGAAUCAUGUUGUGAAGGUAGCAGACUUUGGUCUGAGCAGGCUGAUGACUGGUGACACCUACACUGCCCACGCAGGAGCCAAAUUCCCCAUCAAAUGGACCGCACCAGAGAGCCUCGCAUACAACACAUUCUCCAUCAAGUCUGACGUCUGGGCAUUCGGGGUGCUGCUGUGGGAAAUUGCAACAUACGGCAUGUCUCCAUACCCUGGAAUCGAUCUGUCUCAGGUCUACGACCUCCUGGAGAAAGGUUACCGCAUGGAACAGCCCGAGGGAUGCCCACCCAAAGUCUAUGAACUCAUGAGGGCAUGCUGGCAGUGGAGCCCAUUGGACCGGCCUUCGUUUGCAGAGAUCCACCAAGCAUUUGAAACCAUGUUCCAUGACUCCAGCAUCUCAGAAGAGGUAGCAGAGGAGCUCUGUAAGACGGCCUCCUCUGGUCACUGCGGACCACUGCACCCUUUCAGUCAUGACAUGCCCCUGUUGCCUUCCAAAUCCCGCACACUCCACAAGCACACAGAAAACAAGGAAAACAUUGAGGGUGGACUCGACGGGCGAUCUGACCACGGCACGCACGGUCACUCAGAGAGAACCAUGCCAAGCUGGGCUUCUACAUUGUUAGGAGGGGAUGGCCGAUCAGGCAGCUCCCCGGCUCUGCCAAGAAAACAACAGCCACGAGAUAAAUCUCCCGCGAGCCUUUUAGAAGAUGCGCAGGAUAUGGGCACAUUUACACGAGACCGCAAGACUGGCUUCUUCAGCUCCUUCAUAAAGAAGAAAUCUUCUUCUUCUUCCUCCUCGCCAUCCUCUCAGCUGCAACAGAACCUCCCGACGCCACCCAAGAGGAGCAGUUCUUUCCGGGAGAUGGAAACGCAGCCUCACAAGAAAUACGAGCCUACAGCUGAUUUCAGCGCUCCUCCUCCCCUGCCCCAGUCGGACAGUCUCGGUGGCUUCUCCGCCUCUCCCUCUCACUCCCAUGGAGAACCCACCCAGACUCAGUCGCGCUGCUGUGGAGCUGCUUUUGGACAAAAACCCUCUGGCGGGGGGCUUGCUUCACAGGUGACUAGCGGCAGCAGUUGGAGCGGGUUGGCGGGUUUUUUUACCCCUAGACUCAUUAAAAAGACCCUGGGGCUACGGACAGGAAAGACAGCCUCUUCAGAGGAGGGUGGAAGUAUAGCUGGAGGGCCUAAACCCUUCCCUAGGUCCAAUUCUACCUCCUCUAUGUCAGCUGGGUUGCCAGACUUGGAGCGCAUGGCUUUGACUUUACCCAGGAACCGUGCGAAACCCCCUCUAGAGAGGACUGCCUCCACCACCUCCCAGCCAGAGAACGGGGCUGCACGGCCCUCAGAAACUCUGCAGAGGAGGAUGGAUGAGGGGACCGCACAGAUCAGGGAAAGGCCCAAAGCCAAGCUAUUACCCCGCGGUGCUGCUGCAGGGAUGAGGGCACCAGGGGUUGGGGGGGAGGUGGGGGAAUCGGACAGUCUGUCUCGGGUCAGGGAGGGCAGAGAGGAGAGUGGAGGACUGGACAGACAGCAGAGUUGGUCAUCUCCCUCUAAGUCUUCUAGUUCGAGUGCUUCAUCGGCUGCAGCAGGUGCGCCAACUCACAACCACAAAGUCCCGGUCCUGAUCUCCCCCACACUGAAGCACAGCCCAGCUGACGUGCACCUGGUCGGGCUGGACUCUCAGGGGAACCGAUUUAAACUGCUGUCUGAGCACCAAGCAGACCGGGACAGGCCUCGACUUGUUAAACCCAAGUGUGCUCCUCCUCCUCCUCCCACGCUGCGCAGCCUGCAACACUCGUACAGCGGCGACGGAGAGGAGCAGGUAGGAGGAGCACCUGUGGAGGUAAACGGAGACACAUUGAAAGGCCACCGGUCAGGUCGAAUGUCAGGAGGAGCGACGACGGGCAGACCGUCAGUGCCACCACCACAAGUGCCUCCUGGAUCUUCCUCUGCCACCAACACGACUCCCACCAAAAUGGCAAACGGAGCCGCCACCACUGCCUCCUCUUCACACACAGCAACAUCUGCCGGUUCCAAAGUGGCCCUGCGGCGAACCAGGCAGCAGGCGGAGAGGGUGCCCCUGGAGCGAGUUAGUCGUGAGGCCCUGCUGGAGUGUGCCGAGUGCCUGAGCAGCGCCCUCCACGCCAGCUCCGAAAGCCCCUCCAGCAGCCAGGUGCUGGACGCCGGCCACCAGCUGCUAGACUACUGCUCAGGUUAUGUGGACUGCAUCCCUCAGAUGAGGAACAAAUUUGCCUUCAGAGAGGCAGUGGGGAAGCUGGAGCUCAGCCUGCAGGAACUGAGGGCUUCGUCCUCAGGAGGUGGAGGGCUGAGCGGCGCGGGGCCCAACAUUGUACUGGACAACCUGCACAGCUGUAUCAAAGAGAUUAGUGACGUAGUACAGAGGUAGCCACUGUGACAACACCAACUGUCAACUCUAACUACCCGACAGACUGCUUAUAUUCCCUUUUUUUUUAAUGUUUCCGGUUCUUUUGACAGCUUUUUGGGGGACGAAAUGAGAAGAAUCUCUAAAGUACCUCAGAGAAAUCACUACAAAAUUUAUUAUUUUUUACUGUUUACAAACAACUUUUUCAUAAAAUGCCAGUGUGGACACUAAUUUUGCUCUGACCUGUACAUAUUCAGAUAUGUUUAUACCAAACUAAAUGUGGUUUAAGUCGCACCAUGAAAUGUUUAGAUGCCCCAUGUCUCCACCUGGCCGCGAUAAAGGCCUCUUUGUCAAAUGAAUGUCGAGUGUAUCAGCUGUGUGUAGCCGGCCCAGAGAGUAGGUAAAGUCUGAGCUCACUCUGCUUAUCUGUCAGUCUGUCACAAACUGAGCGAGAACCAUAGCGGCUGCGCCCAGCCUUACUGACAAUACUACACAAAUGUUUUCACUUACGAAGCUCAAACAGUGUUUCACAGAAAAGUGAAUCAUCAGUUGGGUGUACUGUGAGUCUGGGAAACUGAGUGACCAUAAGCCAUUUUUGAAGCCAUUAAUGAUUUGAAAGUGUCAGGAUUCAAGGUUUUGGGGUCUCAAUUUGACACUUAUUUUGUGUGCAGAUGUUGUUUUUUUCUUUUCUUUGUUUAGUUUUCAUGACAGUCAGUAUUUUUAAGAAGAUGGACAAAUGUGAUCAAAUUAUAAAUAGGGGUGUCACGAUCCUCUUUUACCACAAUUCAAUUUUAAGGUCAUGAUUUUUAUUUAAUUUAAUUUUUCCAACAGUGCUAUGCCAUCAUUCAGGAACAAAGUCUUGAAAGUUUGGAAAAUUAUGAUUUUAACUUUAAUUUUUAAGGUUGAAAAUAUGCUUGAAUUUAAAUAUCUAACUUGAAAAAAUUCUUGAUUGUACACAUAAUUUGGUGAUUAAUCUUGUCAUGUAAUCCAAAUCUUUUAAUAUUUCAAAUGAAAUGAUUCAGUUAUCAUAUUUGUUUGUUGUCUUUGGGCACCAAAAUUAAAAGUGGGCAAUUAUUUUGUUCCACUUUGCAGCAUCAUGAGAGUGGCCAUCCCCUUUUACUCCACGAUGUUUUGCAAUUAUAAUUAUAGUAUCAAUUAAAGGUGAUGAUAUAGACUUUGCAUCUGGACACUCGGAUCACCUGAAAAGUGCUUACAAUGUUUGAAUUGUAAUUCUAAAAAAUGUACGAACCCUGCAUAGUUAGAUUAUGAAGCCUUGAUCCGUAGAGAUGGACAGAUCAAUGGUUUUAUGCCCUUGUCAUUCACAUGUCUUAUCAUUCUUUUUUAAAAAGAAAGGUGUCAAGUGUGAUAUAACUGCCAUAUUUUUCUGUAAUGUGCCCCACUGAGGCUUUACGUUUAGACUUCUGGUUUCAAUGAUCCAACCUUUGACUUUGUUACUUUUGACUUCGAUACAACUUUCGAAAUUGUAAACUCAUUUCAAACAUUUCCCGAUUUAGAAUAGAAAUCGUGACACCCUUAAUUAUAAGGUUUUUGAGAAUAAUCAGGUGUUUUGACUGACAUUCCCACGUGUCCACACCAGACGAGACUGUCGAGAAAGACUUAAGGGAUCACUUACACCAUUAAAAGUUGUGUGCAUUUGAGAAGCGUGUAAAUAAGCUCAAAUGAAACCCUGAGUUUUACCAAAUACAUGCUUAUCAAAAAAGAAAAAAAAGAUUUAUAUCAAUCUAUUUUGUUUAUUCCCCACAGAACAAAAGCAUAGUGAAUGAACGUGGGGCGUCUUAUCAUAUGCACAGCGUUUGUCUUUGCUUCAGUGACGUGACUCAUGUUCACACUUUAACACAGUGCCACAGAAAUGGGGAAAACGCCCCAUUCUCCUAAAGCAUUUCAAUAUUUAUGUCCAGUUAUCCUUGCACACUACAUUUCUUUCUUGUAUGAUGGAGCAUUAAAAAGAGUGGCAGGAGGAGGAGAGAGGGGAGGAGAGAGCACAGGGUAGCGCAUGAGCAGGUGAAUUGGGACAGUAUUUCUAUAAGUGUCCUUCCGAGUGUGGACAGUGCUGGAUUCCCUGUAGCCUUGUCGUGUCCUCAGUGCCUCAAAUUCUUCCAUGUAUGAAUGAACACUGCGAAACGCAGAGACCUACUUUACACUAAUCACACAGUACUGAUCUCUCAACAAAACAAACUGCAGUAUGUCUUCAGCACAUGAGUGAUUUGUACAUUAUUUGGUUUAAAGAAAAAUGCUUUUUAGAAUGUCUAUGUAUGAACUUGAAUUUUAAAUUAUUCCUGUUUUUUUUUUUUUAUUAAAAGCACAGACCUAUUUUGAGAGAAAAGUUAUGUAAAUAUUUGAUUUAUUUCAUAUCCAGGAAACAAAAGAUUUAUGUGUGGUUACAGCAUAAAGAGCAAUGUUUUUGACUGAAGAGAUGUAUUGCAAGACUGAGGCUCAUCCACCCAGAUCUGAAUAUCUGCUUUAUGAAUGUAUUAUUCUUCCGUUCUGAACCCGGUCGAAUGUUCAUCUGCAUGACUCUUUAAUCUCUUAAGGUGCCAUUUUUUUAUUUAUUAAAAUCUCUUUUUUUUUAUUGGCCCAUACUUCUAAUUUUGGUCUCACUAAAUAAUAAAGUACAGAAAGGCUGCUCUGUUUUUUUGAGCACAAACAAAACUGUGUACAGCGCGCACACAGCUCACACAACUUUCUUUGCUUCGGCUCACAUCUUAAUGUACACUGGAAACGGCCUCAGACACAUCGGUUCAUCGACACAUGUUGCAUCAUGAAUACUACAAAAUCUGUAAACACUGCAGGUCCAUAACACUUUCAAAUGCCUGUUAAUGACACUUGAUGGUUUGCCAAGUAAACGUUUUUUGUCAACUUGUGUUGUGGUGCGUUUCAUAUCAUCAUUUCAUGUUGUGUGUCAGUAUUAAUGUCCAAUUUCUUGCCAAACAACUUUAAAGACAAAUGAUUCAUUAUUUUAUUCACAGUGAGUUUCAAAUAACAUGGAUGAAAAAAAAAAAACCUCCAUCAGCUUUUCUUUCAUGAUUCUUGGUGCCUUUAUCGUGAACAAAUUAUUUAAGUAUUGCAAGUAUUCACAGGUAUGGCAAAAUCCAUCAUUAAAGGAAUCAUUCACCAAACAAAAUGAUUUGCAUAUAAAUUACUCUCCCUGUGUUACCUUGAAUGCUUAAAGAAACACUUUGUUUUUGUAUGAUGCCUCCAUGGUAAAGAAAAAAAUCCAAAACUACAUCAAAACAUCUGUAACAAACUUUCACACCACUUGUGGUUUGAUUUAUCCAAUUGGUUGCUCUAUACUUCCUGAACACAUGCAUUUUUGCUAAAACCUUACUAUUUAAAUCACAGGGACAAGUAGUGUGACUGUUUAGGUUGAAGUGUGUAAAUCGUUUUGGAAGUACUGGGCAUAAAACUGGAUACAUGGGAUUAUACUGAAUGAGUUGUGAGAAAGUUUGUAAAUUAUAGUUUUGCUGUUAAAUGUGGUCCCCAUAAGAGUUUUCUUCAUUAACUGUGGAGGCACACAACAAUGGUUUUCUUCAACAAAUUUAAGAUAAAAGAGAGUGAUUAGUUGAUAUACAACUGAUUAUUUUGAGGGGUGAAGUAUUCCUUUUAAACAUGUUUUUUUAUUUUUUUUACUUUGCUGUGAGAUUGUGAUUAACAUAUCAUAGCAUCACUACAGCAGACCUUUCUGUCAUGUGGAGGUCAAAGGUCAGAUGCAAACUUGAAACGGAAAGAUGCACUUUGUCUACAAAUAUUAUGUAUUUAGAUACUUGGUUACUAAGGCCGUAAAUAAGUGGCCAUUAACUCUGUUGGUGCAGCAACAUCUGGUUACGUUUCCUCUAACAAAUGACACACGAGUCUGCUGCUCUGUUGUCUAAUUAUCUGACCACAUGUCUAAAAAAUAACUUUUUAUUUUUUAUUUUUUUAGAAUUUCAAACUUUAAGUUAUUGUUUGUUUUUUAGUGCAUCUCUGUGGAGCAGGUUUCCCAAAAAGCCUUAUCAAGAAAAAAUGUAACCCACAGAAUCAAACACAUUUCCAUUUUUAUUUUUUUUUAUUUUCAGAUUAAAAACAUGUUGAUAUUCAAUCUGUGAUUACAGUCAAUACAUUGAUUGUUUAUUUGAACUGACCACAAAUCUCUGCUUCUUCUCAUCAUCAGUCUUCUGCAUUGUAGUUAUUUAUGUUGCCUGCAUUUAUCCUGUAUAUUUGUUUAUUUUUUCCUCCUGUCUCUGUUUUGGAGAACAGCUCUGGAGAACGUGUGUACACAUCAUUAUACCAAAGGCCACUUCUUCAGUUGUACGAGUGCAAUGUAAAGCAACACGCAAAAUAAUGGAAUAUGUGAAUCUAAACAGGGAUUUUAAAAAAUGGCAGAGAUGUUAACAUUAACUUUUUUAUUGUACAAAAUAUAUAUUUUGUGUUUUUGUUGUUUUUUUUUAUUUAAAGCUCACGUUAUAUUACUGUGAAGUUUUGCUUAUCAGUGUUAAGCCUAUUGUAAAUAAUAAAGAUAUUGAUGAAUACUG